AUGGCUUCUCACGAGUCUGGUAUUUUCUCUCGUCUACCGGGGUCCAUUUUAGAGGCCAUUCUAAUUCAGUUAGACCUCUCAUCUCUCCAUAAUCUUUACCGCUCGUCGUCAACGAUAUUUCCCCUAUUACAUGACAGAGGAAUAGCUCGCAGAAAUAUUGAGAUAAUCCUACAGCUGAGGGUUCCUAAUGAAGCCCAGAUCGCCAUUCGCAAGUUCGAUUUCCUACGAUGGGCAUUCCUGCAAUGGGAUACACGCUCUUUUCCGGACGUCAAUUGUUUUAUUCAAGAAUUCAUUGAGCAAGACAAAGAUAUUAGAUAUAAAUCUAUACCCUAUGAGAUGCCUUUAUCAGUCUUAUUUGAUGUUCUUUCUACUGCGGCAACUAUUUUCUAUCUAGCCCAUGAUAGCCUUCAUAAGAUGAUCGAUCGAUGCUCUAGUCUUGAGCUAUCUCGGAUGAAAGAUUUUCGCAAAAGAUAUAUUCCUAAACGUCGCGACUGGAAGGUAAAAAAGGAAACAAAAUGGGCUAAAUACUUUCCUAAUCCAAAGACGACCGGAGAACAAUACUAUCAAGCAGAAAUGGGCCCGAUAUCUCUUCUUGAGGAACAAAGGGCUAUUCGUGCCCUUUGGAGACUAUUUUUGAUAUGGGAACUCCACAACGGUGUUAUAGAUAGUCGUCAACCUCAACCUCGCUGGGCGCCUACUGAAAUAGAUAGGCUUCAAACCCUAUCAUUUGAUAUCACCUGGGCCCAUGCUAAGGCUCGCCUUGGUCAUUCACUUUGGUCUAAUGGGAUUCUUGAGGAGAUACGGACUAUGGCUGACUGUUUAUCUCCGUCCUUAUCUACUCCUAUUCAGAGAUAUCGCGCCGUCAAAUCAUUAGCUUAUUCAGCAGGAUGGCAUAGCCAAUGCGAAUGCCUUCCCACUAUAUGGCCACUACAAGAGAACAAAGACGAUCAACUCGAUUUGCGUUUCAUGUUUCCACCAUGGGCUUGGGGCUUCGUCACAAUCACAUUAUCUCACUUGUUUACAUCUCCAUGCAAAUAUGUGAAAUUCGCUUCAUAUCGUCGUUAUGGCUUUGCUAUCUGGGAUUCAAGGCGUUUCUGGGAUCUCGGUCUCCUAUACAAGCACGAAGAAGAGAGAUCUGAAUCUCCUAGAGGUGGUAUAAAGGACCGCGAGGAUCCGAAUUUUCAAGGCCCGAGAUCCGAUGACGAUCAAUAUUUUAGAUGGGAAAGUAUGCUGAGCGCAGACGAUUUAGAAGGCAUAGAGCGCAUGAGAAAGAAGUUCUGGGGUCGUGAGAUACAUAUGGAUACGGAUGAAGAUUAUGAGAUACAUGUGGUGCAUAUGGAUACACGUAAUACUGAAGAAUAUCUAGCCCUUGUAAAUGCUACUCAUAGCGUGGAGUAA